AUGUGGAGGAGCCCUGAAGCGCAUGCACGCGGCCCGAUUAGCAAGGCGUCUGAUAUAUUUUCAUUUGGCGUCGUGUGCAUUUACGCCAUGCUUAAGGAAGCCAUCUUCUCCAUGGACGAGAGCCAGCUUCCGGAAGGUGUUGAGCCUCUAUCAGUCAUUCUCGAGCGCCAAUUGUCAUAUUUCGCGAACGCGGAAAGCUUGAAUGGUUUUCUGGCGUACUUGGGAGACGAAAACCCGUGGUGCAAUGCUUUCAAAACCCUUUGGGAAGGAUUCAAUGAGAGAAACCCGCGGAAACCAUUCUCUAUGUGCCAGGAUAUCGAUAAAGACUUUAGAGAUCUUGUUUGUGCCCUGAUGCAUUUUGAUCCGCCCAAGAGGAUCACGGCAGAGACGGCUUUGAAACAUCCCUGGUUCACGAGGUGA